AUGCGGUCGCUACUUUACGCAGCGGCGUUGAUGCCGUUGCAGACUCUCGCUUGGUCAGGGAAAGGAUCAGACGUUGACGAGAUCGUGGUGGUCACAACGACCAGAACCAUUACUGUGUGCCCUAUUACCGAAGCAUGGACCUGCGCCCCCGACGUGCCGACCGCUCCCUGGCAAGACUGGACUGGGACGCCGACAAACACGGUGUCGGUGUCGCCAACAAGCAAGGGGGAUGGGAACGGCGGACCUGGUCAUACCACGAGUCCAUCAUCGUCCGACGACUCGGGCCACCCUACCUCUGGACAGCAUUCGUCUAGUCCGUCUUCAAGCCCGACCACCUCGGGCCCCUACGUCCACCCAACCUCGUCCAACCCUACUGAAAGCCCAUCGACCAGCCCCUCAGGCAGCCCCAGCUCGUCAGGCCCAUAUGUCGGCCCCAGCUCAUCGAGCACACCUGUCGGCCCAACCUCUUCAGUCCCCUACGGAAGCUCAACCGUUGGUCCCGUCGGUCCAGGAACGUCGUCAAGCCCUUCGGGAAGCUAUGGGUCGUCGACAAGCAGCGAUAACCCAGUCGGACCGGGAACAUCCUCCAGCUCUGACAACCCGGUCGGCCCAGGAACUUCCAGCAGCUCUGUCUCGCCCGCUGGACCGUCCUCAACUUCGAGCAGCAGCGCCGUCGCCCCAACUUCCAGCAGCACCGGAACCAGCACUACCACCGCCACGAGCACCACUAGCUGCGCGCCGUCUCAGACCGUGUCUGCUCUUUCUGAAGAUUCCUUCUGUGCGGACAACACGCCAGAUAACCGUAGCAAGUGGUGCGGCCAAUCAGUCACCGAUGACACGGCGGUUCCCUACCGGAGCGGACACAGCAAGUCUUUCACCUUGAGGAUCACGGAUGCCAAUAUCGACUUUGACGGCACUGUCAGACCAGCAUUUGCCAUCAACGGUGGAACUCCUGGUCCCGCCAUCGAGGCCAACUGGGGUGACCUUGUCUCGAUCACUGUUAUCAACGAGUUGAGCCACAACGCCACCACUAUCCAUUGGCACGGUAUCCGCCAACUCGGCACGAACGACCAGGACGGUGUUCCCGGUGUGACUGAGUGCGCCAUCCCACCCAACGGUGGCACGCGUACCUACACGUGGCUCGCCUCAAGCUAUGGAACCGGUUGGUACCACUCACACGCCCUCUCGCAGUAUGGCGGUGGUAUUCGAGGCCCCGUCAUCAUUCACGGACCCUCGACGGCCGACUACGAUCACGACAUGGGCCCGGUCAUGAUCGAUGAGAUCUUCAGCCAGACCAUCUUCCAGAUGGCGUGGAACAUUGCCCGUGCUCGAGGACCGCUCCCAGCUGCCGUCAACUACAUGGUCAACGGUAAGAACAAGUCGCCAGAUGGAAGCACUGGCAAGGCAACCCAAUGGACUGUCGAGCCUGGCAAGAAGCAUCUGUUCCGCAUCAUCAACAGCGCUGCCCAAUCCUCGUUUAUCGUGCACUUUGACAACCAUGAGAUGCUCGUCAUCAGCUCCGACUUCACCCCCAUCGUGCCAUACAAGACCAACUUCCUCUACAUCAACCCUGGCCAACGAUACAAUGUCAUUGUCGAAAUGAACCAGACCCCCGGAGCAUACUUCAUGCGCGCCAUCACUCAGACCGGCUGCGGUGUCCAGAACCUCAACAACGGUCUCGGCAUUGCCAACCCUGUCUUCACCUACAAGGGAACCUGCGGUACCCCCGUGUCCGAGACCAUCACCCUCACCCCGAACACCGACUGCCGCGAUGAGCCCCUGGCCAGCAUUGUCCCCGUCGUCAGCAAGAACGCUGGCAGCCUCGAGGAUUUCACCGAUACCGCCAAGCUCCUGCCCGGUGGCAACGGUGGCUCGCAGGUCUUUGACGGCUACGGCCCCAUCAUCAGAUGGUACUUUGGCGGGCUCCAGGAUCUCAGCGGCAACAGCGCCACCACCCUGGGCAACCAGACCGUCUCUGUGGACUUUGAGAAUCCUACUCUCCGAACCAUGGCGGAGCUGCCGACUCUAGGAUUCAACAGCUCGCGCUACUCCAACGCCGUCGUGUUGGACGGACCCGAGGGCGACUGGGUCUACUUUGUGAUCCAGAACAACUUCCAGACGUCGCACCCGAUCCACUUGCACGGCCACGACUUCUCGGUGCUCGGCCAGGGCAAGGGCGUCUUCUCGGCUUCGCAGGCCUCGUCGCUCAACUUUGCCAACCCCAGCCGUCGCGACACGACGCUGCUCUACGGUUUCGCCGGUCCCGGCGGUGUCGCCCAACCGGGCUGGACCGUCAUCGGAUUCGAGACGGACAACCCAGGUGCCUGGCUCAUGCACUGCCACAUCACGUGGCACGCCGACGGCGGUAUGGGUCUGCAGUACAUCGAGCACCCGGACAAGAUCGACGCCGAGGCCUACUGGUCCAGCAGCAGCUUCCAGGACGAGUGCAGCGCCUACGAGAGCUACAUCGCCGGCGGCGGCGAGCCCAAGCUGUCCUACGAGGCCGGUCUCAAGCGAGAUCUCGAGAGGCACAGAUACGCCCUGGCCCACAAGAACAUGCACUAG